AUGCCUGAAAAAGUGGCAGCGCAAGGCGGCUUCGACGCAGUGAUUUGCAUGGGAAAUUCCUUUGCACAUUUGCCCGACUUCAGUGGAAUGCAAAAGGAUCAAAAAUUGGCUAUUUCGAAUUUCGCUUCGUUCGUGAAACCCGGAGGACUUUUCGUCAUCGACCACCGAAAUUAUGACUACACGGUUGCCACCGGGUUGACGCCAGAUAAAAACAUUUAUUACAACAGCAAGUACGUGCAGGACAUAAAGACGUCAGUGUUGUAUCAAAACGGCUCGCCGACGAUGGUUACUCUGGAUUACACCAUGGACAUUUCCGAAAUGCUGGGGUCUCGUGAUGAAACGGAUACGGUUUUUGCGAAAAGUGGUCGUUUGUCAAACGCCAAAGCCGUCAAUCACUUCCGCUUGUCAUAUUACCCACAUUUGCGAGAGAAAUUCCGGGAACUGAUUCUGGAAGCAUUUGACGGGAAAGCUGAAGUCACUGUCUACGGAGAUUUCGCGCCGUUGGACGAAAUCAAGGAUCCUGCUUUCUUCAUCCAUGUCGUGGAGAAAUCUGAAAAAUGAAACCUAGUGUCCGUGUUAUUCGGUCUUUCAUCAGUGCUGUGUACAGAAAAGAAAAUUCUUCAAAAAAUUUGGAAAGUGACGUUUCUUAUGCUAUCAUUUUUGUGCGUUUGUGUGGUUUUUAUCUUUGGUGGAGGAACAUAAAAUACCAUGUUUUACUCUGAA